AUGGGAAGAAAGGCUGUUAGUAUUGAUACGAAGAAGGGAAUCAUACUUUUACGCGGCACUGACAUGUCCCAACAUGGAAUUUCAAGGAAAUUAAAUGUUUCUCGUCAUUGCGUGCGUCAAACCAUUCGCAAGUUCAACAAGCUUCAUACCACACCUACAAAAUGUGGAGCGGGACGUCGUUCCAAAGUAACACGUCGUCAAAAAUGCGCCAUCAAAGUUCAACAACUUCGCGACUAUACUCUUUCAUUGAAUGAUCUCGUUUGGUAUGCUCAAACAAGUUUGAACUUAAAUAUCAGUCGUCAAACAGUGAGCCGUAUCCUACAUGAAUUCUGA